CCGCGCAGGAAUGAAAUCCGCAGCCUGGCACAAUGGAGCAGAACUUGAAGGGAGAAGGAGAAGAGGAAGCCGAGAUCUCACACCUCAGGGCUGCUUGUGUGCUGGGUGGAGGGCCCCUCCGUUCCCAACCCUGGCUGCGCUGCUGCUGCUCCCAAAUUCCCAAAAGCCCCCGCCGCACUCUCCCCACCGGAACGGCGCCGAUCGCCCACUUCCUUCCAUCCGACGGCCCACGCGCCUCCCCUCCUGGGGUUCUGGGAGCCCAAUUUCGCGCGCAGCCAGGACCAGAUCGCAGAUGCACAUCCGACGGUGCUAAUGCCCCUGGGCUAGGGUUUAGCACCUGGUGCUGCACUCAGUCACUCCUCCAACUCCGCACCCCAUUCCAGCUCACCUCAGCUCUUUCAGAUCGGGUGGAGUUACCCCCCACCCACCCCGCUCUCCCUCUGCUGACUCCUCGUCGCUUACCCCGAGCUCGCCCCUGUCAUGGUCUCUCACUCCCCCUCUCUGUUUCUCUUUCUGCAGCGCGAUCGCCGCAUUGAUUGAUGUUUCCGGCUCCCGCCCGCGCCAUCCCUAUCCUCAAGCAGCAGCCGGCUCCGUUGCGAACUCGUUGGCCGUGCUCUGCAUUGCAACAGAGAGCCGCUGGGGAGUGAGUAUUUCGUCAUUAUGUCUCGUAUUGCCCCGUGUUCUAGUUUGCUCUGGUGCCGCUCCCGUCCGCCGUUCUGGAGAUCCUGCCCCGUCCCCCGCAUUACGAUCCCUUCAUCCGAACCCAGGUUCUGUUGGCUGCCUUGAUGGACUCCAGCAUAAUAUUCAAGAACCAGAAUCCUCACCCUAAUAUGCGGAUUUGGAAACCUUCACAAUCGGCAGACGCAACUGCGGUUAACGUUAUUGGAAUCACAAACUCAGAUGUCGUACUGUCAGGCACUCCAGGGAUUUAGUCUGUGUCCCAUAGGCUUCACGUAACAACAUACCUUCUAUACUUCAUCCUUUGUUGGAUUAAUCCUGAUUUUAUCGGGAUUUACCGUUGGCUUUUCUUACCUUGCGGAUCAUAUUUAUUCCUUGUCCUGCUCUUUAAUGGCUUAUCUUUCGGUCAUUAGGGUUGUGUAGGGUGGGCAUCGCCAUGUUGGUGGGAGUCCGGGGAUGGACUUUUGUAUUUUAGGGAAUCUCGUUAUGCUCAGGGAGAUGUCCUACAUUAAUCUUGUAGGACGAGCGCCAAGGUUAUUUGAAUUAUAGUGUACCGUAUUCUUUGGAAGACUUGUUAGUGGCAACCUCUUUAGUUUAGUUCACCUCUUUUGUUUCAGAACAUCAUUAUCGGCAUUGUACCUUUUUGUUUACCUUUGAUCUGGUGUUAAUACAUUUGAACUCUUGGCUGUAUCCGGUUUUCAUGAUUUUGCGGCAUUA